CACGUGAUGGGCUCGGACGCUUGAUACGAGGCGGUCGCUAGGCUACGCCAACCCCAAAGUCGACAUCUCAGCCAAUAAGCUGUCGCUACGGACUGGGGGGGCGUGGCAGUCAGCCCAGGACCAAUCCGUGACUGCGGCAGGAACCACAGGGCGGGUCGUCCUCUCGCCAAUAGGAAGUACUCGGAGGCGGACCUGCCAGUCGGCGGACGGCUGAGACGCCAUGAAUAUCUUGCCCAAGAAGAGUUGGCACGUCCGGAACAAGGACAAUGUGGCCCGCGUGCGGCGUGACGAGGCUCAGGCCCGGGAGGAGGAGAAAGAGCGGGAGCGAAGGGUGCUGCUUGCUCAGCAGGAGGCCCGCACAGAAUUCCUGCGGAAGAAAGCCAGGCACCGGAGCUCAGUCCCUGAGCUCGAACCAGCAGAGGCGGGAGCCCUGGGUUCUGGCCCUGUGGAUCUAUUUCGGGAGCUACUGGAGGAAGGGAAAGGGGUGACCAGAGGCAGUAAAGAGUACGAGGAAGAAAAGCGACUGGAGAAAGAGAGGCAGGAGAAAGCUCUGGGCAUCCUGACGUACCUGGGCCAGAGUGCAGCGGAAGCCCAGACUCAGCCACCUUGGUACCAGCUCCCCCCGGGGCGACGGGCCCCCCAGCCUGGCCCAGGUCCAGAUGAGAAGAUCAAGAACCGCUUGGACCCUCUUCGGGAGAUGGAGAAGCAUUUGCGGAGGAAGCGGCGGCACAGCGGAGAGGAUGGCGGCCGCAGCAUGAAGGGGAAGGGGGUGCCCGAGAAGCAGCGGCCAGAAGGGCCCCCAUCCCUGGACCAGCUUCGAGCUGAACGUCUUCGGCGGGAAGCAACGGAACGGGCUCGUGCAGAGGCCCUGCUGGCCCGAGUCCAGGGCACAGCCCCCCAGGAGGACCAGCCUGAAGAGGAGGCCGAUGAACGGCGGAGGCGGUACAACUCCCAGUUCAACCCCCAGUGGGCCCGGCGUCCCGCCAGCAAGACCCAAGUGCUCACUGACUCCUGGGGGGAGAGGAGAGGCCGUAGCUGCCAGCCGUCAUAUAAAACUAUUUAUUCAUAAAUAUUUUCCAAAAUGAAAA